GCUUGCCGUUCCUACUUGUUAAUGACAUGGCCGACGUUUCGAGCUACUACGCUUUCAAUCCAAGCCAUGCGCUUCCCAUUGCCUUCACCGCCCUAAUCGGCGUGUCCCUUGCGUUGCACAUAUGGCAGAACUUUCGCUACCGCUACUGGAGGGUCACGUUCUUCAUGUGCUGGGGCGGUCUUGUCUUCACGUCCGGCUGGAUCAUGCGUGCCGUGUCGUCGUACGAGGUCGGGAACCUGCACUUCUACGCCGCACAGUACGUUCUCGUCCUGUGUGGACCGCCCAUCUACUCCGCGGCCGAGUACAACGUGCUCGGUCGGCUCUUGUUGUACCUUCCCAUGCACUCGCCCAUCCAUCCACGCCGCAUCAUGUACUUCUUCAUCUACCUCGGCGCCGCAGUCGAGUCGUUGACAGCGGCCGGCGGUGCGCGCAUGGCCGUUGCCAAAAACGACAAGGCCCAAGUGCAAAGCGGUGCCGCGCUGGUGGCGGCUGCAUCCGUGCUGCAGGUCGCCGUCGAGUGCUGCUUCAUUUCCAUGGUCGCCAUGCUGCAUCGCCGCAUCGUCCGGGCGAGAAUGCUCACCCCCGACAUUCGCAAGAUCUGCACGAUGCUCUACGGCACCUCGACCUUCAUCUUGAUUCGCAGCGCCUAUCGAGCCGUCGAGAAGUUCAGCAUCCUAGAGACGCUCGGCUCAGGCGUCUGCGAGGGAACCUGCAACACGGUCCUCAGGCACGAAUGGUACCUUUACGCCUUCGAAGCGGCACCGAUGGUCUUGUACACCUGGUGGAUCAACUUGGUACACCCUGGCCGAUACUUGCCCUCGAACCCCAACAUAUAUCUGGGCUACGACAAGGUCGAGAGAUGCGGCCCUGGCUGGGUUGACAGAAGGUCGGCGUGGCAAACGUUCGCUGAUCCAUUCGAUUGGGUCGGUCUGCUUACCGGAAAGACCAACCACGAAAAGUUCUGGGAGCAUCAAGAUGAUUAUCCAAUAUACGUAAAGACAUCCAAGGCCAACGGCAGAGAGCUUGCACGGACAGAGGAGAUUUAUAGACAGGUUUUUAAGGUGCAAGCUACAACGAGCUAGUAACUUGUGUUGGUCGUGCAUAGUGCGCUUUGUUAGAGCUUUCCUCUGCUUGAGUCCAUGUGCUUAAAUCGACCAUCUUCCAAUUGUUCCAGCAUCAGCGCUGCAAGAACUCUCGUUCUUCCCUCAAGGUCAAGCAAGCAGGUAAGCGCAAUGUGGCGCAGACAACAUGAGUGUUUUGGGUGAAAAAAUCACCAUUUUUUCAUCAUUGCACCAUUUUUAGGGAUGCUUUAGCAAGAUAGUGUAACAGAAUCAUGCAUCCAAUUCAU